GAGCGAGGGGCGCCCAUGGGGAAAGGCGGGGAGAAAGGCGAGGGGGCAGGGGAGCGCCAGGCGCCCAGCCGGCUCUACAGCUGGGAGGAGGUCCAGCGGCACAACCUGCGGACGGACAAGUGGCUGGUGAUCGAGCGGAAGGUUUACAACAUCACCACGUGGGCAGCCAGGCACCCGGGCGGCCCCCGGGUGAUCAGCCACUACGCCGGCGAAGAUGCCACGGAUGCUUUCCGGGCCUUUCACCUCAACCCCAGCUUUGUGCAGAAGUUUCUCAAGCCAUUACUGAUUGGAGAGCUUGCCCCAGGUGAACCUAGCCAGGACCGAGGCAAAAAUCCCCAGCUGGUGGAUGAUUUCCGGGCCCUGAGAAAGACAGCAGAGGAUAUGAACUUGUUCAAAGCAGAUCCCUUAUUUUUCUCCCUUUACCUGGGUCACAUCAUCAUGAUGGAAGCUUUGGCUUGGUUACUAGUUUCAUACUACGGCACCGGCUGGAUCACAACCUUUAUCCUUUCCUGCAUCCUUGCAACCUCCCAGGCCCAGGCUGGGUGGCUACAGCAUGACUUUGGACACCUCUCUGUCUUUAAGAAGUCUAUAUGGAACCAUAUUGUCCACAAGUUUGUCAUCGGGCACCUGAAGGGUGCCUCAGCAAACUGGUGGAAUCAUCGUCACUUCCAGCAUCAUGCCAAGCCCAAUAUCUUCAAGAAGGACCCAGAUGUGAACAUGCUGCAUAUUCUUGUCCUGGGAGAUUCUCAGCCCGUUGAGUAUGGCAAGAAGAAGCUGAAAUACCUACCUUACAACCACCAGCAUGAGUACUUCUUCCUAGUUUUCCCACCUCUCCUCAUCCCCGUGUACUUCCAAAUGCAAAUCAUCAUGACCAUGAUCAGACGCAGGUUCUGGGCGGACCUGGCCUGGGCCUUCAGUUAUUACAUGCGCUAUUUCAUCAUGUACAUCCCUUUCUAUGGAGUUCUGGGAUCCCUGUUUCUCCUCACCUUUGUCAGGUUUCUGGAGAGUCACUGGUUUGUGUGGGUCACACAGAUGAACCAUAUUCCAAUGGAAAUUGACUGUGAGAAGCACAGAGACUGGCUCAGCUCUCAGUUGGCAGCUACCUGUAAUAUCGAGCAGUCCUUUUUCAAUGACUGGUUCACAGGGCACCUGAACUUCCAAAUCGAGCACCACCUGUUUCCCAUGAUGCCACGACACAAUUACUGCAAGAUUGCCCCACUGGUGAAGUCAUUGUGCACCAAGUACGGAGUCCACUAUGAAGAGAAAUCUCUUGGCAAGGCAUUCAUAGACAUCGUUGGGUCCCUAAAGAAAUCUGGAGAUCUCUGGUUGGAUGCCUACCUCCAUAAAUGAAACUGGAUCAUAGUGGGGAGGUGCGAGUGAUGGGGGAGGGACCGUGUGGUUUUGGUUUUUUUCUGUCAGAUUUCAGCCUAUAUCUGUGUGCACAGUUUGAGGGGAGUUUCCUGAUUUGUGAAAUGCUACUGGGGUGGGUGGGAGGUUCAAGAGACCUUUUUAAACCAGAGAGAUUUUAAAAGUGUUUGGCCCAGUCUUCAGAAGAUGAGUUAAAAGAUCCAUUUCAUACCACCAGGCUGGAAAUUGACCAAGCUGAGUGGGGUUUUCUGUUUUGGAGGUGGAGGGUGAGAGAGCGGGGUGGAUAAACAGAAGAGCAAUUUCUUCCCUCCCCUCCCUCUUCCUGAGCCAUUCACUGCAGCCCUAGCCUCAACCCCCACACACAGGCACUAGAUUCAUAAACAUGAUCAGGCCAGCGUCAGAGAGCUUCUGCAUCUGUUCCAAUAUUUACAAUCCCAGAAACCCCCAUCAGCUUGCACCCUUUUCCCCCUUCUGAUGCCGGUGCAGAGGAGCAACAGCGCAGGAUUGGAUUGUGUUUAAAAACAAAAAACCCAAAAGCCUGUUUGAUCACCCAUGGAACGGCAAAGUCUCUUGGCUGUGCUGUCUGCUGCAUCCUCCCUGGAGAAUUGGGAGGCACAGCUGUGAGCAGCAGGUGCUGCAUUAUUAGUCUGCCUGCCUCGCUCAGAGCCCUGCUGUGGCUUUGUCUCUCUCUCAGCCUCUUUCUCUCUCUGAGCGUAGCGCUGCUUUCGUAAAGGCCAUGGCACCGGUCCUACGCUGAACUCCCGCAUUAGCUUCACUGGGACUCUACACAGGCGCAGGUAUCCAACUGCAUGGGCCUCUGUGCUGGAUCAGACUGGGGGUGUUUUUACUGCUCACCCCUGUUCUCAGGGGUCUGCGACUCAGCUCUGGGCUGAAACAGCGAGAGGGAUUUAACAAUCACUUCAUCAGGUUUGCUUUCCAUGUGGCCCAUUAACACUGCUAAGAUGUCUGCUAACUAAUGAUAAUAUUGAUAUGUAUAACAAAUUGAUCUGCCCAUUGCAGAUGCUUUAUUGUGCUCCUCUAUAGUUCACAGACUGCCUUGGGGGGUUGCAGCUACUUAACACAAAUACAGCAGAGAACCAAGCUACUCUGGUUUCACAUUUGGUGUGAAACUUUCCAUAGAGCACUGAGAAAUGUCUUAAAUUGUCUAGACCUAUUUUCUGUCUGAUACACAGUUACCCAAGAACUAUUAAUGGCUCUAAUGGAGGGUAGUUUGCAAGGUUCAGUUGGUUCCAUGGCACAGGGCCCAAUCCAAAGCCAAUUGGUAGCAAUAGAAAGUCUUCCAUUGGCAGCAGUUGGCUUUACAUUAGGCCCGGAGACUUUAAUUUAAUACAGUUGAAAGCAAGAUAGAUGUGACAUUCCAGUAACGUUAAGGGCCAGGGUUUCUAAAAAAGGCCUCUAAACUUCUGCCCAUCUCUCAUUGCUUGUUCAAAACCCACAUUUCCUUGUGCAAAAUAGGUAUUUAGUCAUGCAGUUACCUAACAGCGAGUUUGUAAGCACAUCAUUAGGUCCCAAUCACACAACUGCAUCCCCCCAGGCAGAUCCUAUCACCCAGAUGGUGCCCUACUAAAAUCAACAGGGCUCUGCCUGCCGGGAGGCAACUGCAGGACUGGGGCUUGACACUUGAGAAAGUUUAACCCACUUUAGAAAAUGCCUCCCUGAAGAUCAGAUUUUACUGCACUAAAGCCAGAAAAUUCAUAGCGGAGAUUGUAAUUUAACCAAUUCACUGAUGCCUGAAGUUUGUAGGGGACUCUAAAUAUUUGGGUGAUUUUACACACCCUGUUGAUUGCAAUACUUAAAUAUCACCACAGGUGGUUAGAAUGAAGUUUUAUUGUCCUGGUGUGUUUCAGUUUCAACCAGACCUUGAACACCUUUUAUAUUGCAGUCCCUAGGGUUCCAAUAUCUAAUAGCAUAAUUAAUAGUAUCCUUCUGUAUUUUGUAGUCUUUUUGAACAAGGUAAUAAUGAGUUAGCAUGGGAUUGUGGAAAACACCAUUGAAACUGCCUUAAUCUCAGUCUCCUUCUGAUUCAAUGAAUGUAUCUCACAUUCUCUGCUCCAGCAGGGAUGAGCACAAACUUACUGCAGCACCUGCUUUGCAGUCUUCCAAAUAGGCAGCUCACUUUUCGAGAAGGUUCAGGUUGUUUGCUCCUCCAGUUCUUGUUUCCAAAACAAACUCUGAGUUUGGCUGCUGCUUCCUCUGGGCUCUGGCCCCUUUCUCUUUGCUGUCUGUCUUGUUGGAAUGUUGUCCAUUUGCAUGGUAAACGUCCAGAGGAACCUCAGGAGAGGGGUGGCCCAACAGACCCAUCCCAAACCAGUAGCCUUAUUCCAGUCAUGUGCUUUUGUAGUUGUCAUUGAUCAUCUUACAGGAGGGACUUGUGUUUUAUUAAAAGAAUAAUGCAAUUCCGGUAGGGCACCCUGCAUUGCCAAUGCUUGGGAGACGGCAGCUAUCACUACUGACAGCUACAGAACCUCAGAACAUUCUAGAAGAGCAAUGGAGCAGGGCACCAUGCAGAAGGAAGGGCCAGUCCUGAAGCAGAACAAUUGUUUCAUUUGUCCUGAGCAACCACAAACAAAAUCAUAAAGGGAACAAGUAGGGACAGGCAAGAGCCUGAUAUUGGCUCUUCCCCCUCACCCAGGCGAGCUGGGUGCUUUAGAUCAAACUAUAGAAACAUUCUUGUUCAUGGAAAACUCUGAGUCACUAAGACCUGCAAAAUAAAAACAAUGCCAUUUUAUAAUUGGGAGAAAUUUGAGUGUCAUACUGUUAUGUCUACUGGAAGAUGAAAGUCCUCUCUCUACAGAGGAUCAAGUCACUGACACCACCAUAACUUGCAGUUGUGUUUAUCUUACUUUAUGUAGUAAUGUAACCCAUGCCUGCUGAGUCUGGUGCUCUGUCCCCCUCUAGUGGCAACUAGACCACCUAGAGAUUAAUGAGUCUGCUACAGCAUUGGCUAAGAGGCAUGUGGCUUUUAGCUCAUGCAAUACAGGUUCAUGCAUUUAACUCCAUAGGUCCCAGGUUAAAUGCUGACAACUGGGGUCUGUCAGUGUUACACUAACAUGCAAACCAAAUUCUCUCAUGAAAACUGUAUGUGUUGGGAACAAUGUCAGCUGUCUCUGUAUUUUGCCUCUGGGGCCAAUCCCACUUAGUCAACUUCCCAAAUGAGCAGUGCUCUUCUCAAAACUUCCCUCUUCACUGGAACUGAGGCCUCUCUUCUCUCCCUCCCUCCAACUCCAGAGAGUCUUUUAUUCAGACAAAGGUGUGUCCAGAUGCAGCAAUUCGAUAGAGUGACAAGGUGUCCGUGCAUACAUUGGAGUAAGUCAGACUGAGCCCUGGUGUAAAGGGAUGAAUCAGGCUCACUGUAUUCAGAGAGAUGAAAAAACUUUCAUGAUGAAAUUUGAAAUUCUAGUCAGCUAGCCUGAAAGGUGCAGAGCAGUUUGCAACCCAGGGCAGCAGAGAGAGAUCCUGGCUUUAUUGAAGGCUUUGGAAUGAAAGCCAAGAACCACUGAAGUGGCCUUGCAUGGCUUUGGUCCCAAACAAGCCUAAACUCAGCAAUUUUAGCUGAAUUCGACUUUGUGUAUGUAGGUUUGAACUUGACACUCAAAGUGAAAUUCAGGGGUGCAAACGUGGAAACUUAAAACCUAGUUUGCCCAAAUCCCCAGAGAACAGCAAUCAACGAGUUCCCCUCCCAGAGCGAGCAGGGAAAAAUCUAUAACGUUUUUUCUCUUUUGAUUAUUUAUUGCUUUUGAAUGAGAUACAAGCACACAACAAACUGUCGGACAUGCAGGGAGCCUGUUGGGGCUUUCAAGAAACAAGCCUGAGCCACACCACGGGUGACUUGGCUUUUGGCAGCACACAGGCCAUUUCCAGAGGCUGUGGGUUGGAGAUAAGCAGCUUGUUUCAGACAGGACAAUUGAACGGGUAGACAUGGGGGGACAAUCUUUGCGUCCCUCCAGUUCGCAAGUGGGGUGGGGGUGGAAUGUUGAGGUUAGAAGGUUCCUUGGCAGUUGGGAUUGGCAGUUGGAAGGGGAAGGAGUGACCUGCUGAAAGGGGGCAGGAGCCCUGGGCGGGGAGAUGGGGAGUAUGGGUGGGUAGGGGCAUGUCGUAGGGAGCUGGGGGACAUGUGAGGGGAACAGGGUCAGAGAUGUGAGCAUGAGGGAGAAGAAUCAGCAGGGGAAAGAGAGGAUGAGGAGAGAAAGGAACAAGGCUGAGAUCAACUGUCCCACAUUUCUCUCUCAUGGCAUUGUUACCUGACCAGAUAAUGGCUUCAAGGCUGGAUUGUGGCUAGCCCUGCAUGGGUGCAUGAGGAGGGAGGACACCAGCUCAACGAGCGCUCCCUUUCACAAGGAAGGAGAAGGCUCACUCUCAAUCCUUGAUCUCCCUGAGUAAAGACUGGACGCGUGUAAUGUAAGCAGUAAUACUAGACAACCCAAAGAGUUGGGUUUUGGACCCAUCCUACUCCCACCUAGUUAGCAGAACAGGGCCAGUGCGGGGGAAGGGAAAGAAAACACACACCGCACCCUUUAAAGGGGUGUUCCAGUUCUCUCUGAACUGUGUGCUUCCCUAGCACUCUGGGAGACAUGCUGGGUGAGCCAGCUAGGAAAUCUCUGAAAAGCUGUGGGCUAGAUCCUCAGGGGGUGUAAAUCUGUCUCACUCCAUUGCCGUCAAUAGAUCUGUUCCAGUUUGCACCCGCUGGGGAUCUGGCCCUCCAAGUAAAUCCUGACAGUAAUAGUCAGUUGUGGUGAGGGGUAAAAAAGGGUCAGGGGACCUACUGCUGAGGAUUCGUGUACCAUGCAUUAGGGGACUCAGCCUCAUAACACCAUCCACACACAUCAAUAGAAGUCUAUGUCAAAAUGCCUCCUUUCUGUAACAAGCUGCUAUACAUCAGUCAUGGCCUCUUCCAACAGAUACUUUUCUAAAAGCCACCCUACCAGAGCCCUGAAAUUUAGAGUGUGUCUAGAGGUAGUUUAAAAAAAAAAAAAAAAAGCAGCAAUUCAAAAAUCUUCAUAGAAAAGCUCCUGACUGUAUCCUCCUUCAGUAAAUAUUUCAGUAAAUCAAAGGAACUAUUUUUUCUAGUGUAUCUACUUCUCAAUAAAUUCAUAACUGUUGACUAUAAAA